UGUUCAAUUCGGUACGCAGUUUUAAAACACAAUUCUCGUCCCUUCAUUUCAAUGACUAACAAUGCCAAGCCCGCUUUAUACGAGGUAUCCAGGACCAAAUGGAGCCUACUGACUGGCCAGUCUUCGUGCAAAAAGUGCCGGACUUGGUCAGAUCAAUAGAUCCCUGUUUUGUGCCAGACGACAGCCUCAUCGCAGCCGGCGAUCGUUCCCUGUCCAAAGAUGCUCAAGAGUCCAAGCCAUGGCCCAUAGACAUAAGCUCCUCGCCUCCGAUUAUCACCGAACCCCUUUUCGAAACGCAAGCCUACCACGUCGUCGCAAGUACGGUUCCCCUACCGCCCAUCGAUACACAAGUUUCAUGUACGCAGUCAAGUAUAUGGGCUGCCGGCUUCAACGAAAGCGAUAUCUUCUCAGGGCGCGAUUCUAAGACAGACUCAUACGACACCCCUGCCACUAGUGUCAGCUCCCCAGAUUUUACGUCAGUCGCCGUUAGCUUGAAGCGGAAGGCUCCCGAAGAGCCUCUUCUAUCUACGCCGUCGCCAAAGAGGUUUGCGGGGUCCGCUGCCACGGCGAGAGACGUUUCUUUCUCUCUGCUCAGGACACCGGACAUGGCACUUUUGGACGUGUUCACAACGGGUUUUAGCGACGCAUUAUUCGUAGGCAGGAGAGUCUUAGGAGAAACCUCACCCAUGACAGACGCGCAUUUACCACCGAACGCCACCAUUCAACCAGUCGACUUUUACCACUCGUCUGCCCAUAGGCUUUGAGAACAGUCUGCCAAAAGCCGGUCGGUUUAACACCCCGCAUCCGAUAACCGACACAACACAACUCUACAAGCCACAAAGGCAUAUUCUUCAACAUAACCACAACACCGAGUUUCUUAUUUCCCUACCAUACAAAUGGGAAGACGAAGUACAAAACUGUUUUUGUACCAAUCUGUCUACUAGAGUGCCGUGCUCAGGUGUAUCUUGUGUAGUCAGCGCUUGCGCAGGCUGCGAGAGCUGUUGGUUUUGGCAACGUAAAAAAGAAC